CCUCACCCUCAUCACCACCAUUCCCCUACACAUAACAACAUGGAAGACGAUCGCCACCACACUCUCUUCCGUCAAGACUCCGAUCUCGACCUCAGUUUCACAAGCUGCGCCACCACCACCACCACCACUAGCGCCCGUUCGAGUCUAGCUCGUUCAAGCUUAUGCCUCAGCUUCAACGAAUCCACCCGUCUCUCCUCCGCCUCUGCCUCCGCCCCCUCCACCACCGUCCCCAACCUCCACCCCCGCCCCCACCGCAAAUCCGACCCCAAUUGGUCCGCCAUCAACGCCGCCACCAACCUCUCCUCCGACGGCACUCUCCACCUCCGCCACCUCAAACUCGUCCGCCUCGUCGGCUCCGGCAACCUCGGCCGCGUCUUCCUUUGUCGUUUACGCGACUACGAACACGCGAACUUCGCAAUCAAAGUCGUUGAUAAGAAUUUGCUCACUACAAAAAAACUAUCACAUGUCCAGACCGAGGGUCGAAUAUUAUCUUCACUUGACCACCCUUUUCUUCCUACACUUUACGCCCAUAUAGAAGUUUCUCACUACAUUUGCUUCCUCAUUGAUUUCUGUCCCAAUGGUGACCUUCAUUCCUUGCUCAGGAAGCAACCCAAUUAUCGGUUACCUAUCAACUCCGUUAGGUUCUUUGCAGCUGAAGUUUUGGUAGCUCUUGAAUACCUCCACUCACUCGGUAUCGUAUACCGCGAUUUAAAACCGGAGAAUAUUCUGAUCCGUGAAGAUGGCCACAUUAUGCUGUCUGAUUUUGAUCUUUGUUUCAACUCGGAUGUUGUUCCGAUGCUGGAGAACAGAACUCAAUCCACUCGGAAGAAUCAGAACCAUACUUAUUCUCGUACUCGUAGUUGUUAUAGCCAUUGUUAUAGCCGUAGAAGACGUACAGAAACGGCAACGGAAAUGGUAACAGAGUUUGUUGCGGAGCCGACAACGGCGUAUUCGAAGUCAUGCGUAGGGACACACGAGUAUUUAGCUCCAGAGUUGGUCAACGGGAGCGGGCAUGGUAACGGGGUUGACUGGUGGGCGUUUGGUGUGUUAAUAUAUGAGUUACUUUAUGGCACCAGUCCAUUUCGUGGAACAAGUAAAGAGUCCACCCUGCGCAAUAUAGCAUCGAGUAAGGGCGUAUCAUUUGGGGAUGAUUAUAACAGAACGGAAUCAGGGAUGGAUGAAGCUAAAGAUUUGAUAAAGAAAUUGUUGGUUAAGGAUCAACGGGAAAGGCUAGGGUGCGCCAGGGGUGCGACGGAUAUUAAACGGCACCCGUUUUUUGAUGGGAUAAAGUGGCCGUUGAUCCGUACGUAUAGCCCGCCGGAGCUCCGUGGGUUGACGGUGAAGAGAAGUGGUAGAGCACAUGCUAGUCACGUGAGUUGUUCGUCGAAGAGACGGCGUUGGAUUUGGAAGGGGCUCAGUUGUCUAUUGAUGAAAAGUAAGGGGUCUAGAAGAAAUUUGAAUUGUAAUCAAAACUAUUAUUGUUAUAGCAAAUAUGUGGUCUGAUAUAGAUAUAGUUAAAGUUCAGGGUUGAAUGUAUAAAUUUUGUUUCCCCUCUUCAUUCUUCUUGGAUACUUUGA